AUGCUACAUGGCCACGCAAGAUUUUUCACGGAAGCGAACGAACUGGGAGAACCUGAACUAUCGUGUAGUGUGACAGCCCCUCGCGGCGUUCUGGAACAUCUCACAGUCACCGUUGUCAAUGAUUUAAGUCCCUUCGUUGUGAAUGAGGCAGAAGAACUUGUCAGCAACGUCGUAUCUGUCGAGCGCUCGUCGGUUGACCAAUGCAACAUUUCCCCAAUCAGCAUCGCAAUCCCGUUUACUUCCCGUUACAGAGGAAUGUAUAAAGACGUAAUGGUGAAAGUGAGCGACAUAAACUUCCAGUCCACGUAUUUAACUCCUACCUCUUUGGAAGGACAUCAAGGCAGCCAGAAGGGGUCAGGCGCUGUGGUGAAAACCGGUCAGCUUGGUAUCUUCUCUGUGGUUUCAUGCUUGAAGAAGGAAACGUGGACCAUUCCGAGGAGAGGACUUUCGCGAAAGCUUAACAUGGAUCCUAGAAUUUCGUUUUGCUAUCCCCCAUCAACGCUCAGUUCUCGAGUCACAGUGGACCUCAAGGUGCAGCCGAUUGAUCAAUCCACACUUUCAAUAUUGAAAACAAAACAUGAUGAAUAUUAUUCAGUCAUGUCAACCAGCUCUUUGGUCCACCUGGAAUAUUCUACAUCUCUGCCAUUCAACAGAGCUAUCACUGUGGUCCUACCUUGCCCUCCAAAUCAAGAAAAACGAAGAGAGGGUAUUGAGACAGAUGCCGGAAGAGCGACGAGUGCUUCUAUCCCCACAGUUGCAAGCACUCAUAAUUUCCGAGGUCUGAGUGCCUCCCCAAGAAAACACAGGGAGAACCUGAAGGAACCACUGAAAGUCCUGGGCUACAGAAACAGUGAAGAAGAAUGGAUCUUACUGGAUGACAUCGCCGUGCGAAAUGCAAGGAACGGUCUUGUGUCAUUUGACUUAGACGAACCCUUAGAGAGAUUUAUUGUCGUCCGCUUAUCUUCUGCUAUGGACAACGGACAUCUCGUUCAGUUUAUUCAGAAUCUGGAACACGCCAUCCACAACGUCAUGGUGAAGGUGGUACUGUGGCAGAAUAAAGACGACCCUUACAAGAUCCUUGUCUUACUGGUUCCCUCUAAAGAAUUAAGCAUGGAGCUGCAUUCUCUACGUGAGGAAGGAUAUUGCGGCCCUCCAGAACCUUCCAAGACAUUUAAGAUGAGGGAAGGAGAGCAGGUUUCCUUUAGAUUCAGUGGCAAUAUUUUUGCUUCAGGUAAAUCAAGUUUAAUCAUUCAAAAUUCCAUUCCGCAGAUCGUUGCAGGCUAUCGGUCUUGCUGUUUGGACUUUACAAAUGAGACUUUCAAAGAUAAGAAAAAAUAGUUUUGCUUUCUUGACAGGGAUAUUUUGUGUGUGAGCAACUUCUUCGGUCAUUUUUCUAUAAUAAGCACUCCAUUGUUUUGUGAAUUAGUGAAUUUAUGGAUUUUAUGAUUGAUGCCUCCUGGUAUUUAUAGGAUCUUAAUCGGUUCUAGCACUAAAGUUCUGUUCAGAUGUGCACUUUGCACUGACAGGAACAAAUCACCACAGUAUCCCCUCCCCCAAAU